AUAUGGCUUCCCUGAAAACACUGAAGUAAAUACAUCUUUUACGACGUCGACGAAAAAGCAGUCUGAAUAGCGCGUGUGUAUUGUUCUGAGCCAGUUUUCCGUAGCUUUCGAGUGGCAAUAGACCUGAGUGUGAAGAAAAACGCGAAACAAAAUGUCGCUGUUCGGUAUGAUGAACGAUUUAGAGGAAGAUCCUAUUUUUGGCCAUCAUAUGCGCUCGAUGCGCCAGAUGAGCAGCAUGCUGAAUUCGCUGUUUUCCGAUCCUUUCGGAAUGAUGGGUGCUGGCGGAAUGGAAGCCAUUACCGGUGGCCCCGCAUUCGGAAUGCGCCACAACGCAAUGAUGCCGUUUAUGCCACAACCCAUGAACCGGCUGUUGAGUGUAGGUGGCCCUGCUGAUGGGGCUUCGUUCAGCAGCAGCAGCGUAAUCUCGAUGACAUCUGGACCGAAUGGGCCGCAAGUGUAUCAAGCCACCUCGAGCACACGUACCGGACCGGGCGGUAUUAAGGAGACGCGCAAAACCGUACAGGAUAGCCGCACCGGUACGAAGAAGAUGGCAAUCGGGCAUCACAUCGGCGAUCGGGCGCACAUCAUUGAGCGGGAGCAGAAUAUUUCCACGGGAACGCAGGAAGAGCGUCAGGAUUUUAUCAAUCUCGAUGAUGAAGAGGCGGAAGAUUUCGAUCGCGAGUUCCAGACGAAGGCACGCACCGUCAUGCACAUGCCGGCACAUGGACGACGUUCGGAACAGCUGGCUCUACCAUCGACCCAACCAACUCAAUCGCAGCGCAUAUUGUCGAUUACCGAGGUGCCGGAAAAUGGUUGCGAAUCGUGCGGCAAUCCCAGCGAUACACCAAUCUGCACUGCCUGCAGCAACAAUCAGGAUCACAGCAACCAGGACAAUCUCGAUCAGCAACAACAGCAGCAGCAGCAGCAGCAACAGCAACAACAACAGCAAAUGGUGACAAAAGCGGCACGCAACAAUCGACACGGCCAGUAUGUCGUUAACGGUGGUCCAAUCACAUCGCGACGAUCAAUCCGAUCGCCUGCUUCGUCACCGUUGAGCAUGUCAGCUUCGCCAGUCAGUGGUGCGAAUCAUCACAUUACUACAAGCGUACAUCCCCAUCCAUACAAUACGUCCGGCAGGAAAUCUCGACCACUGAAGGGUCCUUCUUCUUCCCACACGCACUACCAGUAAAUCCCGCACAAACCGUGGUUCGUUGCCUGUCCAGCAGAAGGGUUUCGAUCGAUCGAUGGGUAGGGGGUUGGCUGAAUAUGGCUUUCAUCAACGGGAUUAAACUUUCACGAGGGUGCGUAUAUAUCGUAGCGUUGGGGUAUGAGACGCGCAUCAGCGCGUCCCCUUCUUUUGUUUGUUUUUUGUUUUGAUUUGAAGAUUUGAAACAAGAAAAAAAAACUAAAAAUAUUACAAAAACCGUUAUAACACUAGCAAACACAAUGCCUGUUUCCAGGAACAUGACGCGAUGCGUAGGUAGUUUGAAUCCUUUUGCCAACGUGCAGGAAGAAGAGGGAUUAAAUAAAAUACACAACAGAUAUUCAAAUAAUACAUAAAUAUAGCCACCUUUAGUAGUACCACUAGUUACUAAGUUCCUUCGUCUGGUUGGGUCACAAUGCUUAAGUGAACAUGUUGUAAUGCCUUAUUUAUUGACCAUGAAGUGGAUAGGAAAUGAAAAAAAAGAAGUUUUAUUGAGUUCUUUCUGCGUAGAGAUGCGUUUUCCUGUUAUCAGCAAUAGAGCAAAACAUAAAGAAAACCACAAUAACUCUUAACAUGAUAAGCCAACAAUGCCAACUGUAAACAACAAAGAAUAAUUGAAUGUGUUUGCUGUAUUUCACUAUACGGUGGCAUGUAGUGUGACACGGGUACGAUAAAAAAAAAGUUGUGUAAUUUGUGUUUAAUUAUCGCUUAUGGUUUUGCUAAUGAUUUACAAUUCUUUUCACCUCUAUAGGAAAUUAGUUUUUAUUUCUUUUUCAUAUCCUUUUUUGCGCUUCUUAGCAAAUAAACCAAAUUUCAAUUUUGUUUAAGUCAAUCAAAGAAUGUACUAUCCGUUGCAAGGCUCAACACACGAAUUGAUGAGUGUAAAGUGAAAUGUUCGGUACGAUAAAGGAGUAUCUCUCCUUUCCCGUUCCCAUCUUGAAGUAGUGAGUAAGGAAAAUAAUUGUGCUUAAAAUAUGUAGCAGGAUGAGUAUAUGUGGGCAAGAUUUGUGCACGAAGCAAGAGCAACUUUCUGGUCCUUCUUUAACUGAGGGAAACAUACAUUACCACGCUGACACUAUUGCGGACCAGUUGGUUAUCUUGCUUCCUUUGUUCCCAUCUCACACGGGUUUGCUACCGCACGGCUGCCCGAUGCGCGAGGUGGGAUGUUUCAUAAUUUAAGAAAAUAUAAUACAGAUCACAACUACAAAACAAAAAACACUACUUUCAAAAAUAAAUAUUUGCCAACAAUGUGUAACAGACGAAA